GAUCAUUCACAAUCUCCACCGACGAGUUCAAGCUGAUGCAUGAUGUAGUCCGCAAGGCCGGUCAGGGGCGCUGCAUAACACCAGCAUGAAGUCGUGCUCUUGGGCUACUCUACUACAACUUGCGUUGCAGGCUUCACGAAUUAUUUUCCCAGUGUAUUGGGCUUUCCUCGAGCUUUCGUCCUUCCGGAGCGAUCGUUGCGAUAGUGUAACGCAUCGGCCUUGGAGAAGUUCCUUAAUUCAAUCAAUCAGUUUCCUUGGAAGUUCGGCUGGAGUUCUCGGGCUUGGAGACUGCACCUCAGCUCUGAGUUGCUUCAACAUAUGGGCAUCGAGACGGUUGCAACAAACUGUUCGAUAUGGUAUAUCAAGAUAACCGAUCCACCAACUCAAGUCUGAACCACGUACAUUUCCAGUUCUCUGUAUCAACCGGCGAGUGCGUUGUCAAAACAGAUGUUGUCGUCUGCUGAUACGCACCUGGAUCCUGGGCACCUCAGCAGGUCACCCCAUA